AUGACAGCCUUCAGCAACAUACAAAGAGACGGAGUAGACAUGGUAUCAAAGUACCGGAAAGCAGUCAAUGACAAGCGGAGGUUCAUCCUUUUAUCCCGCGGGCGGAAGCUAGAGACGAGAUCGUCAUCCCGUGCCUUCCUCCACAAGUGGGAAGUAGGAAGACUACUUGCUUGCGGCUUCGUGGGGAUGGGGCUCUUGACUACCUAUCACUUCCAAGCUGAUCACCAGUCUCUCAUUAGAGCCCUUGGGACCCCUUUGGAUUGGCCCGAAGCCAAGAAGAACGCAGACCAUGUCCGCCAAUGGGGGAUUGAGCAGUUGCUAGCAAUAUGGAAGCGCGCAAAGGGCAAAGAAAGAGACGCUCUGCGAUGGGGUGAUGAAAUAGAAUACCUCGUCGUGGCUUUUGAAGAAGAGCGUCGAAAAGUCAGGCUGUCUCUGAGACAAGCGGACAUUCUCAAGGCUCUGGCAGAAGAUGAAGCCUUGAGCAAGCAGGGAGGAUGCGUACCGGACCUUCAGACUAUAAAGAGCACCGGUGAUGCAAUACCAGUCUUCCACCCCGAGUUUGGUAGGUUCAUGUUGGAAGCGACACCUGGGAAACCUUGGGGGAUCGGAUUCAAGGACCUGCUGGAUGUGGAACCCAACAUGAAAUGGCGGCGGAUCAUAGCCAAAGAGCACAUGGAAUCGAACGAGUACCCAAUAACUCUGACGACCUUCCCUCGAUUGGGCACCAGGGACGACUUCAUCGCUCCCUAUUACCCACCUUCUGGCGAGAGAUUACGGUCACAGUUCCUUCCUGACGAGAUUGCGAACCCCCACAUCCGCUUCCCUACAUUGGCUGCAAACAUUCGAUCCCGGAGAGGACGGAAGGUUGAGAUCAACGUGCCCAUCUUCAAAGACGAGAACACUCCAGUCCCUUUCAUAGACCCCACAGUCGAUUACGAUAUGCACAAAUGGCCCGAGGAUGACGAUGUACGAAAUGGUGCGGCGAAGGAUAAUCACAUUUACAUGGACGCUAUGGCAUUUGGAAUGGGUAGUUGUUGCUUGCAGAUCACUUUCCAAGCCAAGAACAUCACUGAAGGUCGAAAGCUGUACGAUCAGCUCAGCCCAUUGGGUCCUAUAAUGUUGGCACUGACUGCUGCAACGCCAAUAUACAAAGGCUUCCUUGCAGACACAGACGUGAGGUGGAAUCAGAUUAGCCGAGCAGUAGACGAUCGAACACCCGAAGAGCUCGGUGAAGCCCCAGUAAAACAUGACCGAUGGCGAGUACCAAAGUCGAGAUAUGCUUCAAAUUCUACAUACAUCUCGCAGGAUCCUCGGUUACGGAAAGAAUACAUGGAUCCUGACCUUGUCGUGGAUGAAGACCUAAAACAGCAGCUCAUGAACGGCGGAAUGGAUGCUUUGCUAGCUACACACUUCGCUCACCUCUUCAUCCGAGACCCUAUCGUCAUCUUUGCCGAAGAUCUCAAAGAACUCGAUCUGAAUAAGACCGACCACUUUGAGAAUCUUCAAUCGACAAAUUGGCAACACUUACGCUUCAAGCCUCCGCCACACGACAAGGACACUGGGUGGCGAGUCGAGUUUCGUCCCAUGGAAAUACAAAUCACUGACUUCGAAAAUGCCGCCUUCUGUAUCUUCAUUGUGCUAAUCACUCGCGCCAUCCUCAGCUUCGAUCUCAAUUUCUACAUACCGAUACCUCUCACAACAGCAAACAUGGAAACGGCCCACGCCCGAAAUGCAGUCCUUGACCAGAAAUUCCAUUUCCGCAAUGACCCUCUUCCGCCUCGACCAAUGAAAGCGAAUGGUACAUCAGGCACUACCACACCAGCUUACCAGCCCUCUCGACCACCAACACCCACAGGACCAGUCGAAGAUGAACAUUCUCUGAUGACCAUUGACGAGAUCAUUAACGGCCAGUCUGGUGAAGGCUUUCCCGGCCUGAUUCCACUUGUAGAAUCCUACCUCAACAGCGUGAACAUCGACGUCGAGACACGUUGCGAGCUAGCUCGGUAUCUUGACUUGAUCCGCAAACGUGCUUCUGGUCAGCUAUGGACAGGCGCGAAAUGGAUUCGGCAUUUCGUACAUAGUCAUCAAGAUUACAAAGCCGACAGCGUUGUCAGCGAGGGCAUAAACUACGAUUUGAUCAAGGCCGUGGAAGACAUUACGAAGAACGAGGGUAAGAAUAGAAUGGGCGAGGAGAUGCUAAGGUCUGGAUGGGUAGAUAUGCCUAGAGGUUCAGCUUGCGGCGCAUAA